AUGUUGGAGAAGGUGAAGGCGACGGCUGGCACCAGAAUGUUCACCGUGGGGCUGGUGGGAGCGUGGUACUUCUCCAACAUCGGGGUGCUGCUGCUCAACAAGUACCUCCUCAGCAACUACGGCUUCAAGUACCCGAUCUUCCUCACCAUGUGCCACAUGACCGCAUGCUCCUUGCUCAGCUACAUAGCCAUCGCUUGGAUGAAGGUCGUGCCCAUGCAGUCCCUGCGCUCUCGCGUCCAGUUCGCCAAGAUCGCCACCCUCAGCCUUGUCUUCUGUACCUCCGUCGUCAGCGGCAAUGUCUCCCUCCGUUAUCUUCCCGUCUCAUUCAACCAAGCUGUAGGCGCCACAACCCCGUUCUUCACUGCCGUCUUCGCCUACAUUAUGACCGUUCGCCGUGAGGCCUGGAUCACCUAUAUUACUCUAAUCCCUGUCGUCACCGGUGUCGUCAUUGCAAGCGGGGUAAGGGAGAAGAUCGACGGAGAUGCCAACCUCCUUUUUUUGUUUUAACCGUUGCUUCCCGUCCUGCAAGCAUUCAUUCUUUUUAUUCCUGAGAUCCGUCGAAGCAGAGUUCAGAACGAACCCACUCUUAAGAAGAUCGCUGCUGACACGCGUUGGUUCUUUAUAAUUGCAAGACCGGCAAUAUUCCAGUUUCUUGGAACCUUGUUGUGUUAUGCAUCUUUUCUUGAUUGUGUUCAGAGGCAGCAUGAUGUGCUCUGCUAUUUAUUUUCUAAUCUAGUUCUCAUACACCUUUUUGUUCUUCGGGUUCCUGUCACGUCUGGCCUUCGUUUAAUUAUUUGCUGCCUUUUGUUGCUUCUUUUUUUUUUCCUUCUUACUUUGGUGUGUUGUCCUUUUCCCCCAAUGGGUUAUAAAUGGUUGUUGGUUUUCGUUAUAUCAAGAAAGAUAAUGCUUGAAAAUGUUAAAUUUAAGAAGAAUUAGGAAGAUGUGAUGUGAGGCAAAUAGGGCGUCUUUGCAUUCAAAUUAGUGUUGUUACCCGCUUAUUAGUUUACAGCACUAGCGGCCUUCAGAACAAGAAGUCCUCCAGUGAAAACAUUGUAGUUUAGUUUGUGAUUUGGUCAUGAAACCCGUCGAUAUUGAGCACUUCCCAAGGAAUUUGGUUCUAAACUUGUCGAUUUUUCCCAGUGAUCGCCUGACCACAACCGAAACUGUUGAAAUUUCUCUCGAUCGUAACUAAAUUUCAAAACUCUCUGUCUUGAACUUUCCUAUUUUGGAGGCUAUGAUGCCGCAAAUGAAAAUUUCUACUUGCCAUUAUAUUCCAAGUUCAAGUGGAAAUCAGAGGUAAAAUUCUUGAUUGCAGCGAUACACUCUUUGGGUUUUUUUCGACCUUAUAUCUUUGGCUCACCCCUCCUAUUCUUCAUCAUCCUUUCCUAGUUGUCCAUACACUACUUAGGUCGUUACCUUAUGGUUGUCAGAGUAUUUAGUGGUGCUGGCCACCCUUCCAACGCGAGGAAAAUGAAGGAUAAGCCAAGCUUUAGAUCCUUUUGUCUUCCGUACAACAAGUAUGAUGCAUUUUUUUAUAAAUACCGUCCACAUGUGGGUUUGGAUGCGUUACAUAGUUUUUUCCCUUAGCUCUUAGCUUAAUUUGUUUUCACUUCUCUGACUUGUGCUGUAUUCGUUCAUAGAUAUGCAUGGGUUCUCAUGAAAUGUUGUAUAUGUGUAAAUUCUGCCCUUUGAGAAGGUCGAACGGUAUGUCAUCUCGUUCAAUUUUAUGCCAUGUUCAGGGAGAGCCGAGCUUCCAUUUAUUCGGAUUCAUGAUGUGCAUUGGUGCUACCGCUGCAAGGGCGCUGAAGUCAGUGCUGCAAGGGAUUUUGCUGUCAUCGGAGGGGUAAAUUUUCCCUUUUAUUCAGUUGUUUUUAUCGUAAGUUUUUCUCGCUUCUAACCUUUAGACAUUAGUUAUUAUGAUCAGUAAGAUUGUCUUUUCAAAGGUUUACUUGACCCGUGGAUUGACCAGUCCGUUGACUCUACUCCUGUUCUUUUCUCAGGGAAAAGCUUAAUUCGAUGAAUCUUCUUCUGUACAUGGCUCCAAUAGCUGUAUUGUUUCUGCUCCCUGCAACGCUCCUGCUGGAAGAAAAUGUCGUUGGCAUCGCAGUAGCACUCGCCAGAGAAGACACCAAAAUCGUUUGGUACCUUCUCUUGAAUUCUGCGAUGGCAUAUUUUGUGAAUUUGACCAAUUUCCUGGUCACUAGGCAUACCAGCGCGUUGACCCUCCAGGUAAUCAGAAAACCCAUAUGAAGAAUAGCAUCCUCUGACUCUCUGUUUCAGUAUUAAACAAACAAGCAUCACUUUUUUUCCUCCUUUUUUUUUUCCUUUUUUGAUUUCGGCGAUUUUAUAUUGCGUCCAUUUUUGUAUCGUUUUCUACUCCACCUGCUUGGUUUUUGCAUCAAAAUGAUUCCUUUCUUGGUAUGUGUACUUGAAAUCCUCGGUGCAUGCUGCUCAAAUUUCUCAAGCUUCGUUUUUUCAGUUGGUCUCAAAGGGCAUUGUAGACAUCUUACCAUAUGAUAAUCUCCCGCAUCAUUCAUACCCGGACCAGUCUAAGUUUUCAGGAGGGAAAGUCUUUGAAACUAGUGACUGAAAGAACGAAAUCAGCGGUUCCCUACUCGGUCCUAGAACUGCAUUCAUCCUUCACUAUGGCUCCGGGCGGAUCUCUCCCCCGUAGAUCUCAAGAUAGGGUGGCAGGACAUGUUGUGGACCACAGCUCGACCCCAGAUCCAUUUAGUUGUUGGCUUUUUUGCAAUUAAUUAAUUUAUUCAUUAAUCGGUCAGAACAAAGUUAUGGCCCGAAACCCCAUGUUAGGAGGAGGAACUUGCCCAGAGUCUUCGACAAGCAUCGUCAACCAUGGACGUAGAUGAUGAUAGACACAGAAUCAAUCCACGUGGUUGUAGAUAUGGCUUUAUUUUAUUACUGCGUUGUUUGAUUUGCUCAGCCCAAAUGUGUGGCAAUCUCCUUCAGGUUCUGGGCAACGCCAAGGGAGCGGUGGCCGUGGUGGUCUCGAUCCUGAUCUUCAAGAACCCGGUCUCGGUCACGGGGAUGUUCGGCUACGCCGUCACCGUCCUCGGCGUGAUCCUCUACAGCGAGGCCAAGAAGCGGAACAAAUAA